UCUCUACAGUAUGUCGGCAGGGGAUGUGCGUGUCUGAAUAUACUCGUACGUCGUGUGAAAAAGUUUCUAUUACUGAAAGGAGAAAGAGAGAUAUCCAUUGCGGGUCAAGUUGAAAAGAUUUAUUGGAUUUUGUCAAUUGCAAUGGAUAAGACAGGCUCGACAUCGACACUGGCUCCAAAAACCAGUCGCAGAAACUUUUUCCAAUGGGCCGUUAAAUGGUUCUACGCUAAUGUGCCUGAAGACACUACGAGAAAAUUCGACAUUCCAAGUAUAAUUUGCUUGUUACAAGCAGCCGGUUUCAAACUUCGAGAGUUUGACAAACGUAAUCAAGUAAUCGUCACGAACGAUGAACUAAAAAGUAAUAACAUCCGAAUAACAGUGGAAUGUGGCACAUCCAAAAUGACUGCUGUUCUCGAGAUGGACGAUGUCAAGUGCGAAUGCCGAGAUAAUAAUGAAGCCAAUGAAGGGUCAUUGUGGAGUAUUACAGGAACUGGACCCAUGAGUAGCAUGGACAACAUAAACAAAUUUGAAGAAACGGGAAGCAGUCUUUUGCCGGAUAUGUCGAAGGAAACUACAACUGUAGUACGUGACGUUGUUCACAGGCUCAUAAAGAUCAUCAACAACUGUGAUGAUGAUCAAUCUCUAGAUUUGAACGCGAACUCACCCAUUAAAGGGGUGAACACUACGAUUACUAAAAACUCUGAGGUCAGAGAAGGGCUUAUACGGAGUUACACCGAUCUUUGUGAUCAGAAACCUCGUACCUUGGUAAAACUGAAUUCAAACCUUGCAAAUGCAAAAUGCAUAUCGUCUUCGAAAAGUAUCAAAGGUUUCGGAGUCUUGGAGAAGCCAAAAUUGAAGCGGCAAGGAACUUACGAUUUGGAGGACGAGAGCAUGGAAGAGCCACGACCAUCACCACCAAAGCUCGCAAGUUCACCUGUUCUAAAUCAACUGUGCACCUCACUUGGUCAAAUAUCCCUGCAAAGCGAAGAGGAGAAUCUAGGUUUGGCCGACUAUGUGGUGAAGGCCCAUCAAAUUCUCGACAAGGCCGUGAACGUAAUCAUCAAGAAGCUACCCAAUCAGUCGAUGUCUCAAGAUGACGGAAAUUUCGUCAAACCAGCACCACCAUCGGCAAUGAACAGUAGUUUUUGUGCUAGUAGUCCUCGUGUUCGUGCCAGCAGUAUGGUCAGUCGAACUGUUAGCAAUGCCAGUUCUCGAUCGUCUUCUUCGACUUCGAGUAGUUGUCGGAUUACUCCCGUAGAUACUACACUCAAUAGAUCGACAAUGAGUCAGAAAAACACGGUAACGUCGAAACUUAGUACUUUGCCGGCAAUGCGCGAUCGGAGCAGUUCCAUGAGUGCGACCCAACGCCCGGUACCAGGACUCAAGACUCUGACCACACAGCGCAGGAGCGCUAAUUUUACCUCAACAUUGACUGCAGCACCUCGUCCAGCAUCGGCCAAUUCAAAAGUACCCUCGAGCAAGACAACACAAACUCGUAGUCUGGUUGUUGAACGUUCUGUAUUGCUGACAAAACGACGAUCACCGGAUGUCAAGAGCCAAAGUUCAUCUCCUGCGCUGUCAUUGCAAACACGAGGCAAUACAUCUCUUAUCAAAGCUCCAAGCACAAUGGUUCGACCUAAUGUUUCGGCUAAAUUCGGUUAUACCACCUCUAAAAAGUAAUGUACACGUAUGUGUGUUUUGACCGAUCAUGUUUUUGUAAAAAUCAGUUAAAAAGAUCGUUUAAACUAUUUUAUAACUUCAAGCUGAGUUUUAUGUGUGAUUUGAAUGUUCAUAUCAAGUCAGCAACAGGUUACAAAUAAAUUUUUAUAUUUAACAUCCUAACAAGAAGUGAAUUACAUGACGAGUUUUUCGAUACCGCAAUCAUAAUUCGUUUUAAUCUACAGUCAGUUCACUCAUCGAGAGGCAUUGUUAUUCUCGUUCGUUUUUUAAGUUAUCUUUGUAAAAAUAUAUUUUUACCUCGCAUAUAUUUCAAUGUUAACAAAAAGUCAAUAAAAUCUGUCAAUUUGAAGUUGUUUCU